CGCAUGCGCCGUGAGAGGAGGGACGGGCUUUCGGGGGGAAGGGCAGGGGUGGGCCUCGGCCGGGGUCUCACCGCGGCUGCGCGGAAGGGAGCCGGGCUGUAACAUGGCGACUUGCGCUGAAAUCCUGCGGAGCGAGUUUCCCGAAAUUGACGGACAGGUCUUCGACUACGUAACCGGCGUGUUGCACAGCGGCAGCGCGGACUUCGAGUCUGUGGACGACCUGGUGGAGGCUGUGGGGGAACUGUUGCAAGAGGUGUCCGGGGACAGCAAGGAUGACGCGGGCAUCAGAGCCGUGUGUCAGCGCAUGUACAACACCCUACGCCUGGCCGAGCCACAGAGCCAGGGAAACAGCCAGGUGCUGCUGGACGCCCCCAUCCAGUUGUCAAAGAUGACGGAGAACUACGACUGUGGCACCAACCUUCCAGGACUGCUGAAGAGGGAACAGUCCUCGACAGUGAAUGCAAAGAAGCUGGAGAAGGCUGAGGCUCGGCUAAAGGCAAAGCAGGAGAAACGUUCAGAGAAGGACACACUCAAGACCAGCAAUCCUCUAGUCUUGGAAGAGGCAUCAGCCAGCCAGGCAGGCAGCAGAAAGGAGAGUCGGUUGGAAUCAUCUGGCAAGAACAAAUCCUACGAUGUGCGAAUUGAGAACUUUGACGUGUCUUUUGGCGACAGGGUACUGCUGGCUGGUGCAGAUGUGAACCUGGCGUGGGGCCGCCGCUAUGGGCUAGUGGGCCGAAAUGGGCUGGGGAAGACUACCCUGUUGAAGAUGCUGGCCACCCGGAGCCUGCGAGUUCCCUCCCACAUUUCCCUGCUGCACGUAGAGCAGGAGGUUGCUGGAGAUGACACCCCUGCCCUGCAGAGUGUGCUGGAGAGUGACACUGUGCGAGAAGACCUCCUGCGGCGAGAGCGGGAGCUCGGUGCCCAGGUUGCUGCUGGCAGGGCUGAGGGCUCAGAAGCUGCACAGCUGGCAGAAAUCUAUGCCAAAUUGGAGGAGAUUGAGGCUGACAAGGCACCUGCCAGGGCAUCAGUCAUUCUUGCUGGACUUGGCUUUACCCCUGACAUGCAGCGGCAGCCCACCCGGGAGUUCUCAGGUGGCUGGAGGAUGAGACUGGCUCUGGCCCGGGCCCUGUUUGCUAGGCCAGAUCUUCUGCUGUUAGAUGAACCCACCAACAUGCUGGAUAUAAGGGCCAUACUGUGGCUGGAGAAUUACCUGCAGACGUGGCCCUCCACAAUUCUGGUUGUCUCCCACGAUCGAAACUUCCUGAAUGCCAUAGCCACAGACAUCAUCCACCUGCACAGCCAGCGGCUAGAUGGUUACCGGGGAGACUUUGAGACCUUUAUCAAAACCAAACAGGAGCGACUACUCAACCAGCAGCGUGAAUAUGAGGCACAGCAGCAGUAUCGCCAGCAUAUCCAGGUUUUCAUUGACCGGUUUCGCUACAACGCCAACAGAGCCUCUCAAGUACAGAGUAAACUCAAGAUGCUAGAGAAGCUGCCAGAACUGAAACCCGUGGACAAGGAGUUGGAAGUAGUGAUAAAGUUCCCUGAUGGGUUUGAGAAGUUCUCACCACCAAUUCUGCAACUAGAUGAGGUGGAUUUCUACUAUGAUCCUAAACACGUCAUCUUUAGCCGUCUCUCCGUCUCCGCUGAUCUUGAAUCCCGCAUCUGUGUGGUUGGGGAGAAUGGGGCUGGGAAGUCUACCAUGCUGAAGCUGCUUAUGGGGGACCUAACACCUGUUCGAGGCAUCAGACAUGCUCACCGGAAUCUGAAGAUUGGCUACUUCAGCCAGCACCACGUGGACCAGCUGGACCUGAACGUCAGUGCUGUGGAGCUGCUGUCACACAAGUUUCCUGGACGUCCUGAGGAGGAGUACCGCCACCAGCUGGGCCGGUAUGGCAUCUCUGGAGAACUGGCUGUGCGCCCUGUUGCCAGCUUGUCUGGGGGCCAGAAGAGCCGGGUAGCCUUUGCUCAGAUGACUAUGCCCUGCCCCAACUUCUACAUUCUGGAUGAACCCACAAACCACUUGGAUAUGGAGACAAUUGAGGCUCUUGGCCGUGCUCUCAACAAUUUCAGGGGUGGCGUGAUUCUGGUAUCCCACGAUGAGCGCUUCAUCAGGCUGGUGUGCCAGGAGUUGUGGGUGUGCGAAGGAGGCGGCGUCACCCGGAUUGAGGGGGGAUUUGACCAGUACCGUGCCCUUCUCCAGGAACAGUUCCGCCGAGAGGGCUUUCUCUAGGUCCAACAAGCUGAGGGCUAUGCCCAGGACAUGGACUGGUCCCUCAGACCCCUGGGCUACCAUAUAGGGAACCAUCUCCAGACCACGGACCUCCCCUGACUUUGGGGACAGCCUUAAUCCCAAAUCUCUCCUGCACAAUCCAGGGAACCCCAUCUAAGGGUCUGUGAGGACUGGUCUUGUAAGUGGAAGGGGUAGGGGGUACCCUCUGGGGUUAUGCUUCCCCCACUGCCCCAGCUCUGACUGGGCCCCAAGUGGCUGCUGUGUAAAUUAAAUCUUCUUGCCUCAUCUCUGCUGUUCCCUGGCAGAGCUGCAAUGUGUUAAGGGGUGUAGGCUCUCUGAUUUAUUAUUCUCCUGUGACAUUUGUAUCAAUCACAAGGAGGGCGUUAUAACAUCACCAGCCUUGACCCUGGAAGGAGACAUCUAAAGCCACUGGGCUCAGAGAUCACCUGCCUGAGCUUGCGGUGGGCUGGGCUGUUUGGAUGAAGGGCAGUUGUGUUACAUCACUGUGGUGCUGGUCCCUGUAGUGUGGCCUCAGCCUCACGGCUUAAGAGAGUGAACUGAUUCUGUAAUCCUGCAGCUUUAGACAAGGUUUGUCAUCUGCUUUCUCCCAUGGUCUCUGGCCCAGGCUCACCUUGCUUCUUUGAUCAGGACCUUCAGAAGGGUCUGAAGAGAAACUGUCUUUGUCCCCGUUUUGCUUGGGUGGUUUCUUUAUUUUUCCUCUAACCAUGUAUAGAAAGAGGGGUCUGGGAAGAAAUUGAAAAUGGUGUCUAAUGGGAAGAAAUAGAGUACUUUGUUUUCAAAUUAAGCAGUCUUAAGUGUGGGGUGGGAUUUUUAACAGGGUAAUAUGAUUUAUAAAUAUUGUUUCUCGAGGGCUCAGCUGCUCUAUGUAAUUGCUAUAUAGAAGACACUAACAUACAGACAUUGUGUUGCUCUCCGUGGUGAUGAAGGAAACCAGUCAACAGAAGGAACUUGCUGGCAUCGUGGAGAAUUAUAGUCACAAAGUUCAACCAAGGGAUGUUAACUCAGCUGGUGAGAUUAUGGUGCAGGUAGCUGGGAGGGAGAAACCUGUUUUUGGAGUAAAUGAGAAGAAAGACAGGAAGUCUCUGCUGAUUUACCAUAGAACAGGCAGUGAUGGAUGAAUGAAAACAGCAGAAGAGCCACUAAUAGGCCUGCCUCCUCAGCCUCUCUUACUCCCUUUCAGAAGUCCCCAGGAGAGAUUCUUUUAACUAUGAGGCUUUGUGAACCCUCAUGCUCCUAAGAGCUUCUCACAGCCCCCAUUGCUUCUGCCAACCUCAGACCUGCAGAUGGGCCAGUCAGGGGCCAUCUGGUAUGGGAUUUGUGCCUACCUGUUUGCCAGGCUCAGCUCCUUCACCUCACACUAGUUUGUGAAUCCCGACAUGAGUUCCCUAAGUCCUUAGAGUUAGCGGGAGUACAGCUGAAGGGUUCUGUGACAGAAUCUGCUUCUUU